AUGCAACCACCAGACGAAAUUUAUGAAGAAUUAUUCGAAGAAAUUCAAAAAUCACGUAUAUUUUCCGAUUCUAAAACCUUCUGUGACGCAAUUUCACGACAAUUGACUCCACAUGAAAUUCUCAACGAAUAUCGUCAAGAGAAAACAAAAUCUUCAUUCAAUCUUUCUUCUUUUGUUCUCGAACACUUCAUUGUACCAUCUACAAUCGAUCUGAUCAUCAAUGAAAAGCGUUCUCUCGAAGAAUACUGCCAUUGUCUUUGGCCUUUGUUAACUCGAACAGUUAAAAGCGUAAAUUAUUCAUCAAUCAUCGAAGUUCCAUAUCCAUUUAUUGUACCUGGUGGUCGUUUUCGUGAAUUUUAUUAUUGGGACACAUAUUUUACAAUGUUGGGUUUAGUUCGAUCGAAUGAGAUCGAAUUGGCAAAUCACAUGUUGGACAAUUUUGCUUAUUUAAUUCGAACAAUUGGACACAUUCCAGGUGGAAAUCGAUCAUAUUAUGCCGAUCAAAGUCAACCACCGUUCUUUUCGUUGAUGACACAACUGUUAGGACAAACGAAGAAAUAUCAACAUGAAUUAGAAAUCGAAUACGAAUUCUGGAUGACGACAAGAGCAGUGACAUUAGAUGAUGGAACCAUUCUAAACCGUUACUAUGUUGAUAGCGGCAACAAACCAAGGCCUGAAGCUUUUCUUGAAGAUGUUCAGACAGCGAGAAAAUCCAAGAAUGUCAAUAUUUAUUUGGAUUUAACAGCAGCUGGUGAAUGUGGAUGGGAUUUUAGUUCACGAUGGAUGGAAGAUGAAAGUGAUUUAUCAACAAUUAUGAUUACAAAUCUCCUUCNUUUUGCAAAAUCCGUGUUAAAAGAAUUGAAUUCAUAUAAACAAAAUCAACAACAGAUCGCCAAAGUAAAUAAACAGAACAAGCGCGAUCGCGUAGUGAUCGAGAUCUGUAAAUAA